AUGGAAAAUUGUCUGCAAACGCCAGAAGCGCUGCGACAGAAGAAACUCAGCUAUUAUGGCACAGUAGUGCACGAUAAACUUAGUGCUGCUGCAGCAGUAGACGAUAUUUAUUUUCAAAAUUCGCACAAUUUAUGGGAACUGAACCAUAUAAGCGAAAAUGCUAGCAGUGGUGCACUAAUCGCGCAGCUACUACUCGAUUUGGAUCAACUUAAGGAGCUGGACUUGACAGCCGAUUGCACAGGUAAAGCCAAUAUAAUUCCCGACGACUUGUUGCUUACAUUAGACACGUUAGAGACGCUGCGCUUUCACAUCAGCGGCGCAACGUCGCAAUUGACAGCAGCGCAUUUCCACGAUUUAAAAAAACUGAAAAUUUUGCGCUUGGAUGAGAAUCGCUUGCGCACGCUUGCUGCAGAUAUUUUUAGGCCAGUAUACAGUUUAGAACAUUUAAACUUGUCCAUGAAUGCGCUGGAGACGCUACCCGCUGACUUGUUGUCGGUGCAAUAUAAAUUAAAGUCGUUAGAUUUGAGUUACAAUAAACUCAAAAUGCUGCCGCACAACUUUUUUAAGAGGCAAGAGAAUUUAGAGGUCUUACUCUUGGCACACAAUGAAUUCAGCGUGCCCAACAAUGUUAUUGAACAUUCUUUGAAUUUUUUCAAUUUGCGCGAAUUCGAUUUGAGCUACAAUCAAUUGAGCACGGUACGCGGCACGGGUGCGUAUGCAAAUAAAACGAUUUUAACGCGUCCGAUUCACACGCGCUUUAGCUACUAUUCCGCUUUAAACUUACAUGUUAAUUUAAGUCACAAUAACAUCAGCGUGCUCAGCUUCGAUUGGUUUGAAUACAUUAAAGAUUGCUACUACACUUACGAUCUGUCGCACAACAACAUCAAGCAUGUAACGUUUUUGAAGCAUCCGGGUGUAAAUUUGGUGCGCUGCCGGCGGAAAUGGCUUCUCGCCAAUAAUCCGUUACAUUGUGACUGUCAGUUGGCGUUGUUAAUAAAAAACGCUUUUCGAUUUGAUAUUAGUGAUUGGCGCUGCACAUACCCACAACACUUGUCCACGCGUGCGCUAAGUGCGCUUAAUGAUAGCGCGCUCUGCAAUUGGUCACCUGUUACGUGUCCAGUCAAGUGCGCUUGUAGUUAUGAUACUAACGCGCUCUUAGUUAAUUGUACUGAAGCGCAGCUUUCGCAGUUACCAAGCAUACCGCGCCCAGAACAGGUGAGCCGCACUAGUACAACAUUAAACAUCAACAAUAAUACAUUAUACGAACUGCCGUUGAACACAAGCUUUGGCUAUGCACAAGUAACGCGCUUGCAUGCCGCUUAUAAUAAGCUGACCAGCAUACAUUCAAAGCGGCUGCCGCCUAACUUGACAUUACUGGAUGUGCGCGCUAAUAAAUUGGAGCGCUUGAGCAAUAAUUUUUUAUUCAGUUAUGUAACGGCAAGUACAACUUUAGAAGAACUCUAUAUCUCAGGCAAUCCUUGGAUUUGCGAUUGUGGUGCUGAGCUGCUCUUGCGCGUUGUGCGCGCGCAACGAAAACGCAUACUUGACGCCGACGCAGCGCUUUGCGCCAACCUACCAAAUGUUACACUUACUGAUGUCAUUUUUACCGAUAUUUGCCACGUCAACAAGUCGCAUGCCAAGAUUUUUCAGUUAGCGUUAGUGCUUACGCUUGUUAUUACUAUGCUCAUUAGCGCCAUUGCGCUUUACUACAAAUACAAAUUACAAAUAAAGAUUUGGCUAUAUGCGCAUCACAUAUGUCAGUGUUGUAUUACAGUUGAGACACUGGAUAGUGAUAAAACGUUUGAUGCUUUUAUAUCAUACUCGCAUCAACAACAACAUUAUGUCAAUCAUAUAUUGCUGCCGGAGCUUGAGCAGGGCGAUCCACCAUAUCGCAUUUGUACACACGAACGCAACUGGUUAGCUGGCGCUUUUAUACCCGAGCAGAUUAUUGAAUCGGUGGAGCAGUCACGCCGCACAAUCAUUGUGCUGUCAGAUGAUUUCAUCGCAUCGGAUUGGGCGCGCAUGGAGUUUCGCAUGGCGCAUCAGAGCGCUUUAAAUGAGCGACGCGCGCGCAUUAUUAUCAUAAAAUAUGGCGAGCUUACGAAUGUAAAGCAAUUGGAUAAGGAGCUGCAGGCCUAUUUGAAAAUGAACACGUAUCUGAACUUCAACGAUUCGCAUUUUUGGCAAAAGCUGCGCUAUGCAUUGCCGCAUAAAAUCGCUGUAGGUAGUAAAUCCGAUCAGCACGAAGGACAGAAGCCUAUCAACUUCAUUGGGCAAGAUAAACUAAUUCUACGAUAAUAAUUAUAUUAAACAAGA